GUAACUCUCUACACUGACACUUGUUGGAGGUACAUGUGUUGCUCUGUUGUUUACUGACUCACCGGCAGAUGAAGAAGCCUGCUCUGGUGACAUUUCUAAGCUUUAGUGUUUAUUACCUGUAUGGGGAGCCCGAGGAGCCAACAUCUGGGGCAGGUCGCACAUCGUCAGACAGUGUGUUAUUCGUGACAGCUGUAGUCAGCAUCAACAGGCUGAGCAGGCCCUGUCAGAGAAGGUCAUAGGUGGAUAAGGAAGGACACUGAACCCAAACAUCAGAAGGGGUGACCCAGCAGUCUGACACAGCUCACCUGGCCUGCAGGCAUCCACACGUUCCACCUGAUUUGACUCUGUGUGAGCGACUGACAGGCAGAAAUUACCGUGUGAGCCCAGAAGAAGACACUAAGGGUUUCUGUGAGCCGAGUGAUUGACAGGACCGACAGACAUGGGGAAGCAGAAUAGCAAGCUCCGUCCUGAGGUGAUGCAGGACCUUCUGGAGAGCACUGACUUCACCGAGCACGAAAUUCAGGAGUGGUACAAGGGCUUCCUGAGGGACUGCCCCAGCGGGAACCUCUCCAUGGAGGAGUUCAAGAAGAUCUACGGUAACUUCUUCCCCUACGGAGAUGCUUCAAAGUUCGCCGAGCAUGUAUUUCGCACAUUUGAUGCUAACGGCGACGGGACAAUAGACUUCCGGGAAUUCAUCAUCGCGCUUAGUGUGACGUCACGUGGCAAGCUGGAGCAGAAGCUGAAAUGGGCCUUCAGUAUGUACGACCUGGACGGAAAUGGGUACAUCAGUAAAGCUGAGAUGCUGGAGAUUGUUCAGGCAAUCUAUAAGAUGGUGUCCUCUGUGAUGAAGAUGCCUGAGGACGAGUCGACGCCUGAGAAGAGGACAGAGAAGAUCUUCAGGCAGAUGGACACCAACAGAGACGGUAAGCUGUCUCUGGAGGAGUUCAUCAAAGGAGCGAAGAGCGACCCCUCCAUCGUCCGCCUGUUGCAGUGUGACCCCAGCAGUGCUGGACAGUUCUAAACCUGAGGCAUCAACACCGCCUUGCUUCUUUGGGUGACCCUAAAUGCCCUUAACUCUCCACUAAGGAGCAGACUGAUGAUGAAGAAUGACAAGCUGAUGACGAUGAAGAAGACAGGCCUUCAAAAUGCACUGAGGACUUCUAAGAUGGGCACAGGAGCCACAUUCUCCAGUUCUAUCCCCCCUUCCGAGCUGUUUGUCUAAACCCUCCAAACCCAAACGAAGACUGAACCUGAAGACUUUUCCAAACCCUCAUCAGGUUAUCAAACCCCGCUGAUUGUAGUUGAGCAGGAUCCCUCAGUUCUCCUAUAAGCAUGUCAGAGUAUAGAGAAGGUCUGCAGUAGGAUGUAUAUAUACAGUAUAAACUGGAGUCUCUGUGUCGGUGUCUUUCCUUGGCUCUCUGUGCCCUUCGAGGCUCCAGCCGGGUGACAAAGAAACUCUUUCACUCUAAUGUGUAUCAUAGACAGAGCGUGUGCAUGAGACAACGGGAGCGAGAGACGUGAUGGUGUUGAAUAACAGGACAUACUGUAGGUGAGAUUAUUUAAACUGCAGAGAGGACUUGUGAAGCUUGUCCUUCACUCACAACGAGUACUGCUUUUAGUUUCCUCUUUUCUACUGUGAGAAUGUGUACGUGUGUUUGUGUAUUUUGCAAACUUGAUAGACUUUGUUUCAUAUUUUGUGCUGGGACAAAAUUACAUGAACAUGUAAUAUUAUGCUACUAUGCAUAUGCGCCCUAAAUCGGUAGUUUGAUUUUGUGAAGUCUCACUGAUGUAAUGAAGGAUGAAACACAUCCCUUUAUCCAUCAUCUGUUCCAGUGGUUUUUCAUAUCAGUCAGAGUUUGACAGAGGAUUUCAGAGUGGCAGUGUGUGACUGUACAGUGUAGAUAUAUCCAAGUGCACCUAAAUCCAACUCAGAUAGUCCACAUUGCUCAGUUCAUAACAAAUGUUGUGAAAUAAUAAUGAAAAAAAAUCUUUGUUUAUUUAAGGUGUUGCGGGAUGUCAAGCAUGCAAACCAGUUCCUUUUUUUGACUUUUCCUAUCUGAAGAACAAAGACACACUUCUUCACUUUCACUUUUAGAUGUUUUUAAAUGCCGCAUGUUGAAUCAGUCGUUGAACAGUUGGGUCCAGGGGUGCGUAGACUAAAUAACACGUAUGCAUGUGACUGCGCAUGUGUGUGUUUUUACGUAUGUUUAUGGAUAUCAGCCAGUCGCCCAUCAGGCUCUGCGCUCGCUUCUGUAUGUUAGUAUUGUCAUCGUUAGUGCUACCAGUAGCCAGUGUUAUUGACUGCCAAAGCUGACACAUCUAAUGGUUCAUAUGAAUAACUUGAUGGAGGGAGACCACCGUGCACAAUAAUCAGUACACAUAAAGGCACACUGUUUAACGGGGAUGCUGAGUGGUCUGUUUCAGUUGAGUUGAGACAUGAAAUCACCGUUCGGUUGCAUCUGUGACAGGGCCAGACAUACACACAGAGGACUGCGAUCUUUAGCAACAGCCCCAAGUCUGAGUACACGUUCAGUGAAAUAACACUGUGCACAGUUGAUAGUAUUGCACAAAACGAAUGACAUAUUACUGGUCCCACACCAGCCUAAGUGCUGGCAUCCCACUUUACUCAAAUGGAAGGCUCUGAUUGCCACUUUCUGGAUUCAUCCUCUUGAAGAAAAAGGCACAGAGGCCUGUCCCUGAGAUCCCCCCACUCGCCCUCAUACGUAACUGAGCCCUCCCCAGUGCAGAAGCCCUUUUAGUUAUUGGAUUGUUUUCCAAUUAGAAAAGCUUUGAAUGUUUUACUAAAUAACUGCUGUUUUUUUUUUGUUUUUUUUUUUGUGAAGAAAAAGAUGCAGACAAACCGAGAAUCACAACUACUGCAGUGAUGCUGUCACAAUGUGUUGCUUUUAUUGUAUUUUUUAUUCUUUUAUCUUUUUUAAAAAAAAAAAAAAAGUUUAGUCAGGUUUAACAUUUCUGUUAAAACACAAAAUAGCAUCUUGUGGUCAUGUGCCAAAUAAAAACAAAACCAGUAUUGUAUGAAUUUAUACUGUAAAAUUGUUAUCUGUUGAACAAAAUGUUUGUAAUUGUUGCAUUUUGUAGGUUUUGUAUGGUAUCCUGUAUUUAGUGACUGCAGUUUGGAACACAGGAUUCUGUUUUUGGUCAACUUUAAAAGGCAAGAAUUAAAUUUACAGUUUAUUGUGUGCAAGCA